AGCCUGCUGGAAUCCACAGCUUGCUCGCUGGUUGUGUUGCUGGCCUGUAAACUGCUUUCCUUGUUUUUAGAUUACUCCAAAGGCUUCGGUGGCAAGUACGGUAUCGACAAGGACAAGGUGGAUAAAAGUGCCGUCGGCUUUGAGUAUCAAGGCAAAACGGAGAAGCACGAGUCCCAGACAGAUUACGUGAAAGGGUUUGGAGGAAAAUUUGGUGUGCAGACAGACAGACAAGACAAAUGUGCUCUUGGCUGGGAUCACCAGGAGAAAUUGCAGCUGCACGAAUCCCAAAAAGAUUAUAAGACUGGUUUCGGAGGCAGAUUUGGUGUUCAGUCCGAAAGGCAGGACUCCUGUGCUGUGGGGUUUGAUUACAAGGAGAGACUGGCCAAGCACAAGUCCCAGCAAGACUAUUCCAAAGGAUUCGGCGGAAAGUACGGGGUCCAGAAGGACCGGAUGGACAAGAAUGCUUCAACCUUUGAGGAUGUCGCCAAGGUGGCCUCCACGUAUCAGAAGACCGUCCCUGUCGAAGCAGUGAACAGCAAAACAAGCAACAUCAGAGCUAACUUCGAAAACCUCGCGAAGGAGAAAGAGCAGGAGGACAGGCGGAAAGCGGAAGCCGAGAGGGCGCAGAGGAUGGCGAAGGAAAGGCAGGAGCAGGAGGAGGCCCGGAGACAGCUGGACGAGCAGGCCAGAGCCCGGAAGCAGACCCCGCCCGCGUCUCCCGCUCCUCAGCCGGUGCAGGAGAGGCCGCCUUCGAGCCCCGUCUAUGAGGAUGCGGCUUCGUUCAAGGCCGAGCCGAGCUACAGAGGCCCCGUGAGCGAGCCGGAACCCGUGUACAGCACCGAGGCCGCCGACUACCAGGACGCCGAUAGCCAGCAGGGUCUG